GGGGCUCGUAGUUCGCGCGGUUUGUCGGUGCAGCGCGCACGUGGGUGGAAAAAAAGUUUUCGCAGCUCUUUCCGAAAGUAGUUUUGGUUUCCGGAAUUAAUUCAUCCCGAAGAUGAGCACGAAGCGCAAGGCGGGCGCCGAAAAACACGGCAGGAGAAAGAAGACUCACACCAACACCUGCACCAACAGUGCCGUUAGUGUCCUGACCCAUGAAUACGAGACACCGCCUCAACUUCUGGAGUUUCUGCUGGCGCCAUUGUCACUAGAGGUUUUCAUGUCGAAGCACUGGGAGCAAGAGCCCUUUGUUUCACAGAAUCGUCCCAGCCAGGCAAAAUAUUGGUCACCGCUUUUUGGCAAGGACCGUUUCUUUGAUUUGCUGAAAGAGAAACAAAUCUACUUUGCGAAGGAUGUCGCUGUGUGCAAGUACGAAGAUGGGAAGAGGACAAACUUUGAGAGGCAUGGUCGAGUCACAGAAGCUAAGAUGAAGAAGUUGUUUGAAGGCGACAAAGCCACCUUGCAAAUCCACCAGCCACAACGAUGGGUGGAUGGCUUCUGGGAAGUGCUAGAGAAACUGGAGUGCUUCUUUGGCUGUCUUGUCGGCUGUAAUGUCUACAUCACUCCUCCAUCUGCACAAGGUUUGGCUCCUCAUUAUGAUGAUGUUGAGGUAUUUAUUGUUCAAUUGGAAGGUGAGAAAUGCUGGAAGCUUUACAAGCCACCUGUAGAGUUGCCUCGCACCUACAGCAAGGAUUUCAAUGCAGAUGAAAUUGGCCAGCCAACUCAUGAGUUUACGCUCAAGCCAGGAGACUUGCUGUACAUGCCACGGGGGACCAUCCACCAGGCUUUGACACCAGAGUCUUCAGGCACUCACUCCACACAUGUCACCAUAAGCACCUACCAGAACCACACAAUGGGCGAUUGUCUUAAGAGUCUAGCACCAGAUUUAAUUGAUGCUGCUCAGGACUCCUGCCUACAACUUAGAAGAGGUCUUCCCAUGCAAUUUCUUCCGCAUUCGAGACUAACCAAGGCCGACGUGGAGGCUGCCCUCGAGGCCGUUUUGAAGCACGUCAAAAACAUCGACGGUCCAAUGCCUGUAGCUGAAGAUCUUGUUCAUGACUUCAUGCGUACACGGCUGCCUCCUUUUGGUGUGGACCGUCUGGCCAUCUCAGAGGCGACACCAGAUGGAGAGGCACCGGGGCUGAAUGAUCGCAUCAGGUUUCGUUACCCAAGCCACGUGACUUACACAGUGGAGGGUGACCUGAGUGAAGGUGACGAUAUUGCCAGUGAGUCUUCAUACUCACUUGCUGAGCAGCCACAACAGCAGAAUCAUGCCAAGAAAAUGGUGCUGCUUCUUACAUCAGUGUUUAACAACAGGGAAAAGCACAUGGUUUCUGCGAGUGAAGAAGAUGAAGAGGAGGAGGAGUUAGGGUGCUGAAAGCUACACUGGAAGGGUUCAAGAAGACUCAUCCUUUUGUUAGUACGCGUCACCACCAUAAGCACUUUCUUUUCUGAAUUUUUCUUUGGACGCCUGGCUUACUUCCAGUGUGAUCGCGAGCACGCAGGCAUGUGGUAGCAUCUUGUGGCAGCUGCAGUCACUAUGCAGUUCAUUAUCUUUAAACGAGUCAUAGUCGUGGGAUUUGGUUUUAUUGAACUGUCAUUUGUGUUUAUGAUGCCAUUUUUUGAGAGAAGAGGGAACAAUUUCCAGCUUACUUUGAGAAUGAAUGUCGAAUUUCAGGCCGCGUGCUGCAUUAUAUCGUUCGGCUUGCGUGUUUUCAAGAUUCUCGAGUGUUCAUCGGCAGUGUUUUCUGACCAUGCCGAAAAAGUGUUGUGGGCCCCUUUAAAUUAUAUUGCUUGGACAGCUUGCAUGCUUUUUUUUUCUAAAGGUAUAAUGCUUUUGUAUUGAAAAGUUUUCCACUAUAGAGUUGAAGUUACUGACUGCAAAAGUAAGAAUCUUGCAUACUCUUGAGCACCUAUGAUUAAGGCAUAAUAGGUAUCAAAUAUAAAGAUGAUUGUUGUCACAUGUAUUGUACUUGGGUAACAGUGGUGCCUCGGAUGUUUUCAUUUCUACCAUGUUCAUUUGUCAGCUCUGCCAUCAAAUGUAGUAUGACAAAUUCGCGACAAAUUUGCUGUGGCUUUGGUUCAACAGCCUGUUUGGUCUAGAUAGAGGAAUCCCUAUUUCAAACCUGCAAGAGGUGUCGGCAAGAGGGCAGCGGUAGGACUAUUGAGAGUUCACCUUUUGUUGCACAAUUGCAAGUGAAAAAAAAAA